GACUUGAAUUGUGGAUCUGCUGGUGCGUGCUGCGACUGCUGCGUGUUCUGUUUGUUGUGUCCAAAUUCAACGGUGUCCUGUUCGUCCUGUCCAAACUGAAUGGGUUAACCGCUGCUUUUGAACAAUUUGGAAAGACACAUAGUAAUGUCUGCGAUGGAAACCAAACCACGGAAUGGUUCAACGGAGCUUGAAAGCUUUCUACCUCAUGACAACUCUUCUGUAAAUGUAAUUACAAAGUACAAAAUAUCCAACGGUAAUGACUUGGAAUUAGCUAAUACUGAAUUCGAUCCAUUUAAAUCCAGACAUCUAGAACACCCAGUUUCUGACUGUGAUACACUUACCCACCUCCUCAAGGCGUCUCUUGGAACAGGAAUUUUAUCUAUGCCAGCAGCUUUCUACGCUUCUGGAUUAGUACUAGGAAUAUUUUCUACUAUACUAGUAUCAGUUAUCUGCACACAUUGCUCAUACAUCUUGGUUGUAUGCGCUCAUGAACUAUAUAAGAAAGCGGGAAAGACACAGAUGGGGUUUGCCGAUAUAGCUGAAGAGGCUUGCUUAAGAGGGCCAGCUUGGGGUAAAAAGUUCGCAGGAUCUGCAAGGCAGUUGGUAUUAGUCGGAAUAUUUGUGACAUAUUUCAUGACAUGCAGUUGCUACGCGGUGAUAGUAGCGAAAAACUUCAAUUAUGUCGCUAAUCACUAUCUGGGAUACACAGUCGAAAUAAGGAUAACGAUCGCCUUACUAUUGAUCCCUCUGAUUCUGUUAGCAUACGUUCCCAAUCUGAAGUACUUAGCGCCAGUUUCCAUGCUCGCCAACGGAUUCAUGGCUGUAGGUUUGGGAAUCACCAUGUACUAUCUUGUAGCCGAUAUCCCUCCGAUUUCCGAGAGAAAACUAGUUGCUGAUAUAGCCACUUUUCCGGUGUUCUUCAGCAUCACCAUAUUCGCCAUUGAAGCUAUAGGAGUGGUGAUGCCUUUGGAAAAUAAUAUGAGCCGUCCACAACAUUUCACUGGAUUAUGUGGUGUUCUCAAUCAAGGCAUGAGUGGCGUUACACUGGUAUAUAUCGUUGUUGGAUUCUUCGGUUAUUUAAAGUAUGGAGAUGGCAUAAAAGGCUCAGUGACUCUGAAUCUUCCAAUUGAACAAUAUGCCGCCCAAGCUGUGAACAUCCUGAUUGGCGGAGCGGUUUUCUGCACGUUCGGCUUGCAGUUCUACGUGUGCCUUGACAUUGCGUGGAACGGCAUCAAGAAACGCUACGCAGACAAUGAGACGAUCGCGCAGUACACUCUGCGCACCGUCAUGGUGGUCGUGUGCGUUUCCAUAGGAAUAGCCGUUCCCACGAUAAUCCCUUUCGUGUCUUUGAUCGGUGCCUUUUGCUUCUCCCUUCUCGGUUUGUUGGUACCUAUCGGCAUCGAAAUGCUCACCUUCUGGGAGAAGGGUUUCGGUAGGUACAACUGGAAGAUCGUUAAGAAUAUAGUUGUGGCUGUUACCGCCAUGUUGGCUCUUAUCUUCGGCUCGAAGUCUGCUAUCGAAGAAAUCGUCAUGAUGUAUACUUCACCUUCGAACAGCACUUUACUUAGCAACAGCACGGGUUUGUUAGCCGAUGGAGUAGGUUUACUUGCAAAUACUACUGGUUUAGUAUCCAAUAGUACGGGUUUACUUGCCAAUAGUACGGAUUUAUUUGAUGGUGCGGCACUAUUCAAUGUUACUGCUUUAGCUAAUGCUACAUCGAGUUAAAACAAGGUUGAAUAUCUAUAAGUUUGAGUUUUUUGUACAAGAAAGUUGACUGAAUGUGAGGAAAUAUUUAUGUUCAAGCAUUUUAUAAGAGUAUUCCAAUUAGCAACCAGAUGAGUCCGUCUCAGAAUUUCGUAAAAUUUUAUAGCAAAACAAUAUUGUUUUGAAUCAAAACUAUUUAUAUUUUCUUCCUUCGGCAUCGGAAUGCUCACGUUACGGGAGAAAGGUUUCGAUAGGUACAUCUGAAAGCUCGUGAAAAAUGUUGUUAUAGCUAUUACCGUUAUGUUGGCUCUUAUCUUCGGCUCGAAGUCUGCUAUCGAAGAAAUCGUCAUGAUGUAUACUUCACCUUCGAACAGCACUUUACUUAGCAACGGCACUGGUUUGUUAGUCGAUGGGAUAGGUUUACUUGCCAAUACUACUGGUUUAGUAUCCAAUAGUACGGGUUUACUCGCCAAUAGUACGGAUUUAUUUGAUGGUGCGGCACUAUUCAAUGUUACUGCUUUAGCUAAUGCUACAUCGAGUUAAAACAAGGUUGAAUAUCUAUAAGUUUGAGUUUUUUUGUACAAGAAAGUUGACUGAAUGUGAGGAAAUAUUUAUGUUCAAGCAUUUUAUAAGAGUAUUCCAAUUAGCAACCAGAUGAGUCCGUCUCAGAAUUUCGUAAAAUUUUAUAACAAAACAAUAUUGUUUCGAUAUGUACCAUCUGAAAGCUCGUGAAAAAUGUUGUUGUAGCUAUUACCGCCAUGGCUCUUAUCUUCGGCUCGAAGUCUGCUAUCGAAGAAAUCGUCAUGAUGUAUACUUCACCUUCGAACAGCACUUUACUUAGCAACGGCACGGGUUUGUUAGUCGAUGGAGUAGGUUUACUUGCCAAUACUACUGGUUUAGUAUCCAAUAGUACGGGUUUACUAGCCAAUAGUACGGAUUUAGUUGACAGUGCGGCACUAUUCGAUGUUAACAAAAUUAAUCUAAUUUGGUUAACAUCCAGUUGAAACAAAGUUGAAUAUCUAUUAUUCUGAGUUUUUUGUACAAAAAAGCUGAAUGAUUGUGAGAAAACAUUCAUGUUCAAGCAUUUUAUACCAGUAUUCCAAUUAGCAACCAAAUGAGUUCGUUCUUGAAAAUUUUGUAAAAUUGUAUAGCAAAACAAUAUUGUUUUGAAUCAAAACUAUUUAUAUUUCUAAGUU